AAGAAGUCACACCAAAGUAUGACGAGCUUUUUACCUUUCUGUUCUGUCGAGACACUUCCGUCGUUUUGCCUCCUUAAGUUUAACCGACCUCGGGGCUGUAUGGCAGGUGCUAAACUAUACCCUCCUUUUGUCUUUUUCCCCCCCUCUCUGUUAAAGCCUGCGCACACUUUGGCUGGUGAAGUUAUUUGUAAUCUACAAAUAACAUUUUCUAAAGAUCCGCAGUGAAGUCUUCAAAGGCAGCAGAAAUCAUCUGAAGAUUUCUCGUCUCCCCUUUGAGAGGUUGAGUAACACGGACAGAAUGGAGGCCCUCAAAGCCAGUUGAGAGAAGACACAGAGCCGGACCAGAGUGUCUAAAACAAGACCUCCGUAUGAAGUGUGUGUAAAGCUCAUGACUGACUGGAUCCGAAAUAAAGAAACGUUUAAGGACUCUGAAAAAAAAAGAAGAAGAAGAGACAUCAAGCAGCAAGCGGAUGACGACUGAAAUCACCAGGAAUGGAGUUACAAGGAGACGAGUGCUUCAAACUACUAUGAGAUCUACAAAGAAGGGUUGUACAGCAAACACCUCGUGAACCCUGUGCCUCUUCAUAUCAGAAAUAUCAGAAGAAAAAAAAACUUCAUCGACCAGCUCGAGACUAUCAGAGGGAACAAUGAACGGCGUGGAGGAGAUGUCGCUGAAGUGCGUCCUGGUCGGGGAUAGCGCCGUGGGAAAGACCGCCCUGCUGGUCCGCUUCACGUCGGAGACCUUCCCCGACUCCUACAAGCCCACCGUGUUUGAGAACACCGGGGUGGAGGUCUACAUGGACGGCGUUCAGAUCAGUCUGGGCCUGUGGGACACGGCGGGAAACGACAACUUCCGACAGAUCCGACCCAGGUCCUACCAGCAGGCCGACGUCGUCCUCCUCUGCUUCUCGGUGGCCAACCCCAACUCCCUGGCCAACGUCCAGCACAAGUGGAUCAACGAGGUCCGGGAGUACCUGCCGAGGGUGCCCAUUUUGGUCGUGGCCACCCAGACGGAUCUGCGGGAAAUGGGGUCGCACCGGGGCACCUGCAUCACACCCGCAGAGGGGAGGCACGUGGCUCAGGAGGUCCACGCCAAAGGCUACCUGGAGUGCUCGUCCUUGAGCAACCGCGGCGUGCAGCAGGUGUUUGAGUAUGCGGUUCGGACGGCUGUGAAUCAGGCCAGGAAGCAGGCCCGGCGGCGGCUGUUCAGCAUAAACCAGUGUAAGGUCUUUUGACUCUUGACCUUGAAUAAUCGGGCGACUGCGCCUUCACAAAGGGACUUCAGUGAACUGUCUUGGCGAGCUGUUUGAAGUCGGUGAGGACCUGUAGACGUACAACAUCCCAAAGUUGUAUUCCUAUUCUCUACAGGGAGUUCCUCUCACUAAACGGGACUCCCGUUAACUCGAGCUGAAUUUAAAAAACAAUAGAGCGUCAUGUCAGCUCUACAUUAGUGCGAUGUAGGGAGGGAUGUGCAGAAAACGUCCAAUCUGACGGCGAGCAACAGUCAACAUCAGACGUGGGGAUUUUGUGUUUCAGAAAGCCCCAGGCAGAAACUCUUUUUUUAUUAAUUGUGUUGCUGUGAAAGACUUUCUUCAGUGUGAGCCUUCAAAGCUUUAAACUGGAAACAACACAUCACUUCUCGUGGAGGAAAGUACCUCGCGAUCGCAUUAUGUCGCCUGAUGGGGCUGAAUUCACGUCCAAUGAUUUAUUGUAUAAAUGCCCUCGACGCCACAGUAAGUCACACGCAGUAUUUUUUUGUACGGCCGCAUUGAGCUUUAACGGAGCAGGCCCGGUUCUACGAGGGUUGCAGAAGGUUGCGGUGCACCCUCAUUUAAAAGGAUCCCCCCCCCCCUCAAUUCACAAAAAUGAACGAUAGUUGUUUUGUGUUUGUACAAAAAGUUAUCAAGUGACAACAGUGACUCAGAUCGUGUUUAUUCUAGCCGUGUUGGUCAUGACACGUGCAUGUGACCUGUCUGUCGAGCGGGGGACAACAUGAGGGUCCCAUAGCACCGACGCUGUUUCUCAAUGCUGCUGCCGAUCACUGUAGCAGCACCCCACCCCCGCCCCCACCCCCCUCUAAUCUCAGACAUUUUGUUCUACAGUCGGGCCUGCACAGAAUGAUUUUACAUUUCUUUUUAAAACUCAAACAAAAGAAUUACUUUGUGUACUAUUGUACUGUUAAUUGUUUGCUUGCAGAGGAGGAUCAUUCAUGAGACUUGAUCAGAAAUCGUUUAUUAUCUCUGACAGACAAACAUGUAGGCAACAUGACUUUCUAGGUCUACGUCAGUUUAAGAUACCAUUCUGUUAAAUCUGUUCAGGGUCGGGCGAUAUGGACAAUAUUUAACUUUGAUAUCUGUUAGCUGAAUGCUGAUACAUCGUAUAUUUUUUUCACAGUUAAGAAAAAACAGAAACAGUCACUUCUAAGUCAAAUCCGCUCGAGCUAAACGUCACACAGACUCUUUCAUGAGCAGCCAGCUGCACAGUGUCAACAUGUAGAUUACGUCAAAUGACUUAAAAUAUGAUCACGUUAAAUAAAAUGCUCCUUAAAUGAAAAUGAAAUCGAUGAAAAUGUUCCUUCCCUGCGCAAUGGUACUCUUGUUAGACUUAAGAGCCACAUUGAAAACCUCUUUCUUUCCUAAAAUAUGUGUGGGAAACACGGUGACAUGACCUGCAAAGAAUAAUUUCUGCUGACGAUGUUUCCCUUUUUUU